AUGGCAGUGAAUAUGAUUCAACAGCACUACGCCAAGCUGGAUCUUUCUUCACCACAGUCUUCGAACCAAGAAGAUCCAAGCAAGGUUACCAGACUGGCAGAGGUGAAAAAAGGUGCAGACUAUACCAAAAUGGUAAACACUCUGGCAGAAGAACAAUGGAGAGGCACCAGCGUGAUUCCUAGAAUAGUUGAAACAGAAGAUGUCAGUCCAUCCAAGAAAGUUCCUUCCAGUUUUCGAUAUGAUGAACCUCAAUUGUUACAGACAUCCACGCCAAUCAAACCAAUAAUACCACCCACUCGAGCAACACCAUUGUUUUCACAAGACUUUUCCGAUAGAUCCACUAUUGGUACUAUUUCAAGAGAAAUCAGGAAUGUUACAUCCAGUAGGUCUUCACUGCGCUCCUAUUCUGAAUUGUUAAACGAGCAUACCGAGGUGAUGAACAAGAUCCAUAGACAGCGUGUCAAUGUUAACAAUAAUAACAAUCGAAAUAAGAACUAUAAUAGUAAUAAUGAUUUGAUCAUAAGGAGGCAACAUCUUCUUCCAGAUAUAGCAGAACGCGACCCGAAAACAUCAAUUGAUCUCGAGGAACUUUACUUUAAUCCUUGGGGAUCCAGAAAUCUUGGUAUGGAUUCUAAGCUCGCACCAGAUGAACCAAGAGCUAGGGCAUAUAACCAUCAUGUACCUUCCAGCAGGGUGGCAAUGAACAAGCACAAAAGAGAUCUACGAACUGAAACUGAUUUCAGAUCACGAAAUGGUUUGGUCAGAGUGGUGAAACCACCAAAACCUCUACCACCAAUAUCAUCCUUUCAAUAUCCGCAAACUGGUCUUUUGGACGACCCGGAAAAUAUUGGUAGGGAAAAAACUUAUGUGACUUUAAAACGGAUAGAUCGCAUCUUGAAUCCCCAACAAAUGUAUACUACGGGGGAACUAAAUUCUUCCGAGAUUGAAAUCCUCGGAUCUGGAUCAUCAUCCCCGGUUUCCAAUAUGGACAAGGCUAAAGAAGCACUACAACCGAAACACGCUACCUAUUUGAACCAUGCUGGAGGCGUGACUGUGGUACAUACUUAUCCCAUGACUACGAAGCGAAAUAAGAUGCGUCCCAUAAACACGGCGCCACAUCAAAAGAAGCAACCAUACCCAAAAACAAGAUCAAUGUCCCCGCUUUUAAAAACUUUAGAAAGUGAAAAAAUAACCUCAUAUGAAAAAUGCUCAAAAUGGGUGGAUAAAUGUAGUGAAUGGUAUUAG